AUGAAUGGUAACAUCGUCAACACGUACCUAAAUGCGUUGGAUGCCAAAGUGGCUGCACAAGACCGACAGAUUUUGAUGCUCGUGGACAAUGCACCACCACACAUACUUCACACCGAGAUUGUGUUGAGAAACAUUCGAGUUCGAAUGCUGCCGAAGAAAACAACUGCUUACCUUCAACCACAAGAUGCUGGCAUCAUUGCAUCGUUCAAGUCCAAGGUCAAACAGCGGCAGCUGGAGAACGCGCUCGACCAAAUUGAUGCUCUCAUGGCGGGGCGGCAGGGGAGAUAUGUACUGUACGAGGUUCCACUUGUGGUGGCGAUGGGCUGGGCCAAAGAGGCAUGGCGUUCCGUGUCACAGUCAACUGUGACAAAUUGCUGGGUCAGAACUGGCAUUCUCGACGGCGACUUGUCUGUGCUUAGUGAGAGGAUGUCUGAACUCGUGGUUGGAAACCAAGAUGGCUGUACAAUCCGUGAUAAAAUACCGGUGGGCUGCUUUAUCCUUGGCGACGCCGGUUACGCGUUGUUUCCAUGGUUGAUUACCCCAUUUUUGCCACACGAAGAGGGUGGAAAACUGUCGAGUAUGCAAAAGCAUUUUAACUUUAAGCACUCCAGCACCAGAAUUACAGUCGAAUGUGCCUUCGGGCGACUCAAGGAACGGUUUCGAAUAUUGAAGACUCCCAUGAAAGAGAAGACUCUCGACCGCACCGUCUGCGUCGUCGCGGCUUGCUUUGUUCUCCACAACAUGUUCUUACAAUUUAAUGAUGGCCUCUUUGACAUUCCGUGCCCAAGGCGAGACUAA